GCCCGUGCGUGGUGCGUGCCCCGCCCCCGCCCUCUCAGAGCCCGGAUGCAGAGUAACGCCAUUACCGCCGGAGCCGCCGAGAGCACUCGCGGACGCACACUGGCGCUGGGCACUUGAGAGGCCGCGCCAUGAGGCUCCUCCCCCGCUUGCUUCUGCUUCUAUUGUUCGUGUUCCCUGCCACCGUCUUGUUCCGCGGAGGCCCCGGAGGCUCAUUUGCUGUGGCUCAAGAUCUUACAGAGGAUGAAGAAACAGUGGAAGAUUCAAUAAUUGAAGAUGAAGAUGAGGAAGCCGAGGUAGAAGAAGAUGAACCCACAGAUUUGGCAGAAGAUAAAGAGGAAGAAGAUGUAUCUGGUGAACCUGAAGCUUCACCAAGUGCAGAUACAACUAUCCUGUUUGUAAAAGGAGAAGAUUUUCCAGCAAAUAAUAUUGUGAAGUUCCUGGUAGGCUUUACAAACAAGGGUACAGAAGAUUUUAUCGUUGAGUCCCUAGAUGCCUCUUUCCGCUAUCCUCAGGACUACCAGUUCUACAUCCAGAAUUUCACAGCUCUUCCUCUGAACACUCUCGUGGCACCCCAGAGACAGGCAACGUUUGAGUACUCCUUCAUCCCUGCAGAGCCCAUGGGCGGACGGCCCUUCGGUCUGGUCAUCAAUCUGAACUACAAGGAUCUAAACGGCAAUGUAUUCCAGGAUGCUGUCUUCAAUCAAACCGUUACAGUUAUUGAAAGAGAGGAUGGGUUAGAUGGAGAAACAAUCUUUAUGUAUAUGUUCCUUGCUGGUCUUGGGCUUCUGCUCGUCGUUGGCCUUCAUCAGCUCCUGGAAUCGAGAAAGCGCAAGAGGCCCAUUCAGAAGGUGGAGAUGGGUACAUCGAGUCAGAAUGACGUUGACAUGAGUUGGAUCCCUCAGGAGACUUUGAAUCAGAUCAUGCAGAGUAGAAGAGACAAAGCUUCUCCGAGAAGGCUGCCCCGGAAGCGGGUGCAGAAGCGGUCUGCGGGAUCCGAUGAGUAAAUGUCCCUGUGCAGCUGUGUGUCUGCUUGCCCCGCCCUGUGCCUCGGCCUGACCCUGAUGGGAAGGAGGCGCCUGCUACUUACUCGUGGACUGAGGAGUCGAGUGUGGCAAUAACAUUGCUCAAAAUGCGCUGCAUUCAUUUUUUUAAAGUAACGAAAUUGGUUUUUUUUUAAACCAUUAAAAUCUGUGUGUGUGCGUGUGUAUGUGUGAGCAGUCGGUCUUACCAGAAUCACUGUUGGACGACCUGAAUCAUGCCUUUAGAAUACUAAGUGCAAGCCAUUGCCCCCAGACUCGGUAAACACUUGUCCCCAGUGUGAUUGCAGAGGCCGCCCUGAACUGUCUUUAGGGAGUGACAUGUUCCUCCUUGGAUUGCUCAGAUCCUACCCGAUGGCACAAAUUAGCCUUUUCUCAUUGCUCUCUUCCCCUGGUAUUCUAAAGGCACAGGCAGGAGUGGCUGCUUUUGUAGCAAUAGAAGUGUUUUGGUAUUUUGCUGCUGUUUACUCUAAUGUGCACCUUCAGAAAACUUCCCAAAUGGAUUGAAGGAACUUGGGGAUAUGUCUAGCAACAAAAUUGUGAAACAUGAAAAUUCUGCUGACUUUGAUAUAUAAAUCCCAACCCUGCCCCCUUUUUUCUAACAAAAAGAAAAUGGUACAUUUGUGUGAA